AUGUCCCCAAGCCCCGGUGAGAGCCACGCACAACAUAAGCCAGCAAAGCGAAAGCUCUCAACUCUGACGCCAGCCCAGCUCGAGAGAAAGAGGGCCAAUGACCGCGAGACGCAGAGGGCGAUCCGGGCCAGGACCAGGGACUACAUCACAUACCUCGAGCAGGAGGUGGAGAAGCUCAAGAUCCAGGAGGCGUCGAGCAAGACCGACGACGCCGCGGUCCGCCAGCUGGUCCAGAAGAACAAGGCCCUGCAGGAUGAAAUUGCUCGGCUACGGCAGGAACUCUCGGCGAGCGUGACGCCGACUACUCUUGCGUUCCCACCGCGGCCCGUCGAACAUGCCGCAGCCGGCCCUAGCAUGAGCGCUUUUGCCAACAACAGUCCCGACUGGGAGGACAGUCUCAUCACGCGGACUGAGAGUGUCUCUGCCUGGGGGUCCAUGACUUCGCUAUCGUCGCUGGCGCCGCCGCCAGACACAUCGAGCGGCGGCGGCAUUGGGGUCCAGCAGGCCGGGCCGAGCCGUCAGUACGUCGGCCUGCCCACCUGCAGCAACUGCAACCGGUGCGUUUCUGGGAUCCAAGUCGUCCACGCGCCCGUCACCGCGUCACUCACGACGGGGUCGUUCCCGCCGGAGACUGUCAUCUGCGAGGACUGCCUACACGUGCUUCACAACCAGGGAGGGCUAGGGUCGUAUAAUGUCGUUAGGCGGGGUAUCUGA